AUGGAUUAAUAAAAAACAACUUUUUAAGAUGAAUUGAGUUAAUUUGAUAUAAUGCUAAAUGAGUUUGAAAAUGAAUAAGAAAUAUAAAUGAAGGGAGUGUUAUUAGGUCAACUACAUAAGAAAUAUAAAUCAAUUUGCUAACUUAUAGAGAAAGAAAUUAGCACAAUUGAUAUGCGCAGAAUGAGAUCUGCAUUAAACCCUAAAUAUGAAAAAUUAAAACUGUUAGAAAAAGAACUUCUAAUUGAAGCUGAUUUAUUUUUUUUCUAAAAUUUGUUAAAAGAUUUUAAAGUUAAAUCUUGUAAGUUUUACUAAGUCAAAGGAACUCAGGAAGAAAUGUCUGCUUGCUUUAAAAAAUUUUUUAUAAUUUUAAAUAGCAUAUCAGAUUUAAGACAGAUUAAACCUGAAAAUUAAAACUUAGUCAGCAGGGUUCAGAAUUUAUUCAAAGAAUAUGGAGAUGAAAUCAAAAAAUUUUAAUAGAAAUUCUAAAUGGAUAUUAAAGCUUUUUAGUAGUAAGAAUAGGAAAGAUAAAAUAAAGAUAAAAAAAACUAAAACUAAAGCUUUUCAUCCCAAGAUUCUGCAGAAGAUAUCGAUGAAGAAGAAGUAAGCUAAAUUCCUACUAUUCUAAAUUAAGGUAAACAUAAAAAAAAUAAUGGCUCAGUACUAGAAAAUAUUCAUUUAAGUAAUGAUAAUCCUGAAGAAGAUCAGCAUUAAUUAUAGGAACUAAAGCAAUAAUUGUAAUAAGAGUUAAUAUAGAAACAAAAAUAAUAUCUAAUGACUGAAGAGUAGAUAUAAAAAGAAAUUUAAGAAGAAAUUAAUUAAAUUUGUUAAGAUAUAAAUACUAUCAAUGCGAUGAUGAGUGAGAUAGCUAGGCUUGCUCAUAGUCAAGAUUAACAUUUUGAAUCUUUAGAAUAAUAAACUGAAUAAACUUUACAAAAUGUAAUUGAGGCAGAAAAAGAUUUGCAAAUAGCUAGUUAAGAAUAGGUCAAAUAUCGUAAAAAAGUGUUCUCUCUAUCUGGAGCAGCUCUAGGUGGUGGUUUAGGAUUUUUUGUUGGAGGCCCUAUAGGAUCUGCUUUAGGAGCUACUGUUGGUACUACUAUAGGUAGUGUUGUGGGUUCAGCAUCUUCAAAAAAAACAUUUUGA